UGCAGUGCACACAGAGCUGGCCGGGCCCAGGAAGGAUCCCAGCCUGCUAGACACAACAUGAGUGUCCCACAUCUGGAAAAUCUGACUGACAGUGAGUUAAGGUGAAGCAACUAAUUACUCUUAGAAGUCUUUUUGUUUUGGAGAUCUGUGCUGACAGUCAUUAAGAGACUGUUGGUCAUUGAAAAUGGAAGAAACAAGGAAGCUUUCCCCAAAGCUGAGUAAAAGCAAAGAGCCUGUGAAAACAGAAUGGGGAUCUCAGAGCGUGGUGUUCACCUAUUUCCAAGGGGACAUUAACAGCAUGGUAGAUGAACAUUUUUCUAGAGCUCUCAGCAAUGCCAAGAACCCCCAAGACCUGAGCACAAAGCACAAGGUAGACAGCAUGUCUCCCCAUCAGUGGAAUUUCUCUUCGCAUUGCUACAAACCGUAUCCAUCGUCUUCUUCAACAAGCAUGGCAAAUUCUGCUCUGAAUUUUUCUGCUGCUGGUGUGGUAGGCCAGUGCCAGCCAUCAUCUCUGCGGAGUCGUCCAGCUCAACCUGCAGAUUUAUGGCCCUUCCCUCCAACUGGGACUCCCAGUGUCACCGGUCCGGUGUAUCCUCACACCCUCCCUGACCUGCAUGCAGCCGAUGAGCUGAUCUCUGACAGGAAAUACAGUUCUCUUCUUGGCCUUCUGCAACAGGAAAGAUGCUUAACAUCUAUGCAAGAAUGCACCAUGAAGCAACACUCAAGUUCUGCUUGUAUGACUGGACCUGCAAGGUUACAAAAUAUGAGUCAAAGUUCAGCUCCUGGGGGAGAGAGGAAAGCAAGCUCUUACCAAGGCUCAGAAAAUCCCAGUGUAAGCCAUGCCACUGCAGGUAUUCAGAUUCAGGACAGAAGACGAGAUGUGUACUUCUAGCAACUGAAUGUUUCUACUUUUUUCAGAAAGGGAGAGUUAUUUCUGUGAACUUUUAUUAUUUGCAACUGUGAAUCAAGAAGUAAGGAACU